AUGUCUUUAUCUAUGGAAGAUAUUAAAAUUGUUGCCAAAACAAUAUCAGCUACAACAGAUAAAUCGAAUUAUAACUCAAUAAUUAAAUUAAUCAAAGAACUAGAUAUUGAAGAUGAAUUACAAUUAGAAGAUGAUAAUGUCGAAAAGAAAUACAGAUUCCUCGUAGUAUCGCUUUUCCAAAUAUUUAAAAAGCUAUUUAGUCGCGGAGAUUUGACUUUAUCUAACAAAUCAAAUGAGAUAAAACAAUUCAUUCAAUGGUGUAGAAAAAUUUAUGAUUCAUUUAAAAUUAAAUUACUAUUCAUCAUAUCGUCUUUGACCUUUGAAACCUCGUUAGCAUUAGAUUCAUUAGAUUUAUACAUGCAAUUAAUUGAAUUAGAAUCUAUCCAUUUCGCCUCCAAGAAAGGUGCUCCAUUCUUCCCUAAUAAAACUUUGAAAAACUUAAUGAUAGCAAUGUGGAGAUCAAAUAUUCAACAAGAAUUGGAAAUAAAUAAUUCAACUGGACAAUCUGGAAACUUCAUUCUUUUGGAAUUUUUGGAUAAAUAUUAUAAACCAAAUGCUGAUAUACAAUAUUAUGUACAAUCUGAAUUCAAUAAUAUCCUUGAACAACAAGAAAAAGAAACAAAUUCAGAAGAGAAAAAUUUACUAUUGCAUAACGGUGGGAAAUGGCUAACUUUGAUGAACCAUGAUAAUCAUUGUUCAAAUGAAAAUGUUGAUCUUGAAAUUUAUGUAUCAAAUCCACCACAAACCAUUGAAAAUGAAUCCAAAUUCAAAUCUUUCAUGGAGAAAAAUUGGCUACAUAUCUUAAAUUCUCAACAUUUAUCAUUGCAACAAUAUAAAACAAUCUUACAAAUUUUACAUAAAAGAUUGAUUCCAUAUUUUCACUCACCAACAAAACUAAUGGAUUUCUUGACUGAUUCCUAUAAUUUAGAAGACGCCGGUGUCAUACCAAUCCUGGCAUUAAAUGGGUUAUUCGAAUUAAUGAAACGUUAUAAUUUAGAAUAUCCAAAUUUUUACACAAAACUAUAUCAAUUAAUUACACCAAAUUUAAUGCAUGUGAAAUAUAGACCAAGAUUCUUCAGAUUAAUGGAUAUUUUCCUAUCAUCAUCACAUUUAUCAGCACAUUUAAUAGCAUCAUUCAUUAAAAAAUUAUCAAGAUUCACAUUAAACGCAUCACCAUCAGCUAUCGUCUCAGUAAUCCCAUUCGUUUAUAAUUUAAUCAGGAAACAUCCAACAUGUAUGAUAAUGUUACAUAACCCACAAUUUUUAUCGGAUCCAUUUCAAACUGAAGAAGAAAUAUUAAAUUUGAAAAACUUGAAGACCAAUUAUAAAGAUCCAUUCGAUAUAACAGAAAUAAACCCAGAAUUAACACAUGCAUUAGAUUCAUCUCUUUGGGAAUUGGCAACGUUAAUGAACCAUUAUCAUGCUAAUGUUGCCACGUUAGCUAAGAUCUUCGCUCAACCAUUUAAGAAAAUGAGCUAUAAUAUGGAAGAUUUUUUGGAUUGGGGGUACGAUUCAUUAUUAAACGCUGAAUCUUCAAGGAAAUUGAAAGUUUUACCUGUCUUGGAAUUUGAAAAAUUCGAUACAUUAUUUAAUGAUAAUAAAGAUGCUUCUGAUCAAGAUAAGAAUGUCUAUUUGGAAGGUAUUGAAUGGUAA